CUCAAAUUAAAAGACAGGGUUUGGCAGACGAUAUCAAAGCAGCGAUUUCAAAGCGGUGAACCAAACUAAAUGGUCAGCGGCCAUGUGGUUCAUUGGUGUUACCGCCAAGGGACAGGAGUGUUAUAAUCAUGGCAUUGCAGCCCGACACUCUGAGCCUGGGUGCCAGGGCCAUGUGCAUAUGCAACCAAUCCUUCCAAUUUCAAAUAGUUAACUGAAGUAUUUUUCCCACUCCACCUGAUCGUUCGCCUCACCAAUCUGCUCCCAUGCUUUUCAGGAAACGCACACCUCUGAAACGGGCAAUGUCGGGCGGUCGGGCGAGACAGAAAAUCAGCAUCCCCCCGUAAAGUAUAUGAUCAACCAUAUCCUUUUCACUCCCCCGCCACAUAGCUUCAAUUUGUCAAUCUCAAUCUCCCACAUGUUGUAUUCAAAUGUUCAUGUCCUCCUCUUGAUCAUUCCUAGUUCCCCCAGCGGUUCCCCAGGUAUAUCUCAGGUGCUGGAAGGUGAAAGAGGUCUCUCAUCUGAAAACCUCCUUCAUCUAACCCUCAAUAUGCCAACACUCUCCGCCACUACUGCUAGUGAAAGUGGGAUCCCUGCGAACCCACUCGACACUGUCACUCUUCCCUCUCUCAACCUUUCUCUCGGCGGCUCUCCCGGUGAUGAUCAACCUAUGUUAACCAACUCUCAAGAGAUACACUUCCGACCGCCCUCACCCGUCAUUGUCCCUUCCGCCAAUUCCACUGCGACCCAAUUACCGUCCACUUUUGUCCUGCAUAAUUCUACUAGACAUCAUGAUCGUCAUGGGAGGAGCAUUUCACGUUUCUUUUGCAGUGGGACGGAACUGCUCGCCCGGUGGUUGAAACAGAGUGCUACACCUUUCUUGCCGAAGCCUCAGGGAUUCGCUCCGAUGAUCAUUCGUAGCAGAAAGAAGGGCAAGAGUCGGGAGGAAGCUGUCCAUGCGGAGUGUCAGCUUAGCACUGAUGCGGAUACGUCAACGGCGGGGGGUGAAGAUGGGCCGUGGGUGGAUGCAUCAGCUUUCGAAGAGCUAGGAAGUCAUAAAGUUACGCACGCACUUCCAAGUUCCUACACCACUUAUUCCGCACACGUCUUUUUCCAUGAAGUGCGUAGGGACAUGCACGCACAGUAUGCAAAGAUUGUCUCUAUUGGUCGUUUCAGGGAUAGCGGCAUGGUACGACACCGGUUCCUUAUCCUACGAGUCAGUCGGGAGGGGAUGCCAGAUUUCGUCCUUCGGGUUGACCGUUUCCGGGAUCGUGCCCUCUCGCUGUUCCAAUUCAGUUUGUGCCAUGGAAAGUCCGAUGCAAUGGAUACGGUAACGGUGUCCGAGAAUUCACACCUGCUCCGCGACGGGAAGUCAAUCGAGGAAGCACGACUGGACCUGCCCCAACCAAUCCCACUGCUCAAGUUUGGCAGGGUGCUCGAGAUCGUCCUUGGGGGGUGCAGUACCUACGAUCUAUUCGCGGAGAACUGCUGGUUCACUGUCUCCAUUCUUGAGGAGGUAUUCGUAGACAUGUUCGGUGCUCGCUAUGCGAAGGGUAGAAAGAGCCAUCCGCGCCUCGCCAGACAGACUCGUGCUGGAAUCCGGAACAAACUUGGUCUUGGAGAUUCUGCGUAAGAGCCAGCUGAGAGUAUACAAUUUGGCCUUUGCUUCCAAGGCUGGACGAGUUCUCAGACCGUGGACGCGCGGUGUUGUAAUUCGAGCUCCCUAUCUGAUCUUAGAUGUACGAUGUUGGAUUCUUAUCGUGUUUAUUGUGCCGGUACGGUUCGGUGGAUCUGAGCCUCCUCUAACAACCUUUACGUUGGUUUUCCCUUUCUGUCGUUCGCUAUGAUGAU